GUUGAAUUGUUUUCCAGUUCAACAACACAUCUCUCUUCUCUCGUUCAAAAAACAAUACAUCUCUUUUCUCACUCUUUCUUUUAAUAUCCUCUUUCCUUCUUCUUUUCCAAUUCAACAAUGAAUAUUUUUUGUGAUUCAAGUGUUGGAUUAGAAAAAUUGAGUGACUAUGAUGAUGAUCUCUACAAAUUCUAUCAUCAUGAAGAGUCUCAAAUUACCACAAAUUCAUAUGGUUACAAGUUAGAUUCUCAACUGAGAAAAAAUGUCAUAGAUUGGUUGAUCCAAACACAUCAUGAACAAAAACUCAUGCCAGAGACUCUUUACCUCUGUGUCAACAUCCUUGAUCGUUUCCUUUCCAAAUCCAGUUUUGAAGUUGCAACAAAAGAUAAACUUAAGCUUCUUGGUUUGUCCUCAAUGUUGUUGGCUUCAAAAUAUGAACAAAGAAGUGCAAUUAGAGUUUAUGAUAUUGAAUAUAUGGCUGAAUAUUCUUAUUUUCCUGAUGAGAUAUGUGUAAUGGAAAAACGUAUAUUGCAACAACUUGAUUGGAUUUUAACCGUUCCAACACCUUACGUUUUUCUUAUUAGAAACAUAAGGGCAAGUCUUUUAUCAGAUGAAGACAAGAUCAUGGAGAAUAUGGCGUUUUUCUUUUCUGAACUCAGCUUGACACAUUAUUAUGUUAUGUGUGAUUAUAAACCUUCUACGAUUGCUGCUUCUGCUGUGUAUUGUGCAAGAAUUAUUCUUGGAAGAUACCCUUAUUGGAGCAAUGAAUUGAAGAUGUGUACAGGGUAUUCUGAAGAGAAGUUAUUGUAUUGUGUCAAGGUUAUGAUGGAGUUAUGCUAUGAAACUUGUAAAGAAGGAACCAUGGAAGUUUUCAAGAAGUUUUCCAGUUUAAAUUGGUCUAGGGUUUCAUGUGUUGCCCAGGAAGUUCUCGAAGAAGCUGUCUUAUCUUAAAAUUUGUUUUAAUUUGUGAAAACAUUAUGUUCUGAAUUUCAAUGUUACUGAACUUUUUUUUAUCAAUAGCACUGUAUAUAAUAUAUAUUAUGAGAAGUGAACAGCUGUUGAUGUGUUUUCAUCAAACUUAGAUAAAUGUUUUUCCCUAA